AUGCUGGCUGCACGUGAUGUACCUGAGCAGUAUCAAAGGCUGCGGUAUCGUCUGGAAAUCGAGCAAGGGAAGCUUCUGAGUUGGGGCCAUAGCUUCGGAUUACUGCGGGAAGAAUCAGAGGAGGAAGAUGGAUUGACGAUUUCCAUCCCCCAACAUGUUCGGUACUUGGUUCAGGGAUAUAUUGAGCCGCUGUGGCAGAAGGUCUUGUAUUUCACGACAACGACCCCCGGUUUUGUCCCAAAGGACAAAAGAGAGGAGACACUGAGCGUGUAUCAUAGAGGCAUGGCGCGACGGUUCCGGCUGGACCACAUGUACCAAAAGGCGAAGCAGGGGACGGUUAGACUCAGGGACCGUAUCCAUUGGGCGCAUUGGAAGAUGGACGAGCUGCAAGAUUUGGUAGAAUGUAUGAUACAUGUCAAUAAUAGUGUCAUCGCCCUAACCGAGGUGAAAACGCAGCAAGAGAUCCAGGAAACCGUGAAAGCGACGCUAAUGGGCUUGCUUAGCCUACAGGAUACCGUCAAUGGACUGAAGGAGCUGAUAAUUGCCGUCAAUGAGAAUCGUCGUAAUAGCCAGCUAUCACAGCUGCCGCUGAGUGAGCCGGAGGAUCUCCUCCGAAAACUGGCUGAGUUGAAAGAAAUGCGAUUGCAAUCGAGACACAACAAGGAUGACGGGAGUCUUCAAGCUUCCUUGAAAAUCUCGCCUGAAAGAGUCUGGCCUUCGGAUCAAAUGAAAUACCCGUCGCCUCAACGUCAAGAUGCGACAAAGGACGGCAAUAAAGGGUUCUGGGUGGAAUACAAGGACUAUUCCAGUUCACAGCAAACGGCGGGCCCGACGAAGGAUGAAAUUGAGCAUCAUAUUGUCCAAGAACUAGCAACACUCUUAAGCUUAAAGCUACCGCAGAGCUUUCGUGUAGCGCACUGUGUUGGCUACUACGAGGAGGGUGGGUCGUUCGGCUUGGUUUUCGAGAAGCACACCGAACAUGCUGACCAAACCAUCAUCCCACUCUCUCACUGUCUGUCCCUAGAGAGCCAGAUGCCCAGUCUCGGAGAGAGGGUCGCUCUCGCUCAGGGAAUCGUCCAGACGGUGUUCCAACUUCAUGUGGUCGGGUGGCUACAUAAAGGGCUGCGGCCAGCGAAUAUCCUGCUCUUUGAGGACCAUAACGGGCACAUUGCCUAUGGCAAGCCAUAUAUUUCGGGAUUCGAAGAUUCUCGCCCGGCAGCACAGCCUAAUCUAACGGAAGAAGCUCAUUCGCGUUUGGUGAACGAUGACUGGUAUAGACACCCACUCAUCCAAACCCAGAUGCCGCGGCAUCGGGAAUUUCCAUACUGUAUGCAAUAUGACCUCUAUUCACUUGGAAUAUUGCUUGUAGAAAUUGGCUUGUGGAAGUCGAUCCCCAAUGUGCAACGAAUGGUCAGCCCGAGCGACAUCAAAUCGCAUAUUCUCGGGAAUCGGGGCGGGUUAAUCCAAGCCAUUCAAUUUGCGAUGGGUAAAAUAUAUGCCGACAUUGUCAUCAACUGUCUGGAUCCGGGUGAAGCGAUGGACGAUCAGAUCCAGAUGGAUAGCUAUAUCUAUCAUUUUGAGAAGCUGGUGGUGAAACCUAUGAACCGAAUGUCUGUAGAUUGA